AGAGAGGGAGGGAGGAAGAAAGGUGAAGACCGGGAGAGUUUUUCUUCCUCUCAGGUGGAGGUUGCCUCCGCUACUCAAGAGCACAAGUGUCGCAGAGGAUUCCGCUCAAAAUGGCUAAAAAUCAGGAAGUGGAGCGCAUCGCCAAAAAGCUGGAUAAAAUGGUGCAUAAGAAGAACACGGACGGUGCUCUGGACCUGCUGAGGGAACUGAAGAACAUGAAGAUGUCUCUGGAGACCCUGCAGUCCACCAGAAUUGGGAUGUCAGUGAACGCCGUGAGGAAACAGAGUUCAGAUGAAGAGGUUCAGACUCUUGCCAAAGCUCUCAUCAAGUCCUGGAAGAAGCUGCUGGAUGGUUCAGAGCGAAAGCCUGAAGAGGAGAAGAAGAAGAAAGACGGCUCUCCUGCGAGGUCAUCGUCCACCUCCAAAGACUCUGGCAGCAGCGAGAAAAGUUGUAAGAAGUCUGGGGAGACGCCCCCGACCACACCCACCGCCACCUCCGCUCCAGCUCGGUUCACUACCUUCCCGCCGGCCCCCGUCACCACCGACAGUGUCAGGAACAAGAGUCGAGAGCUGCUGGUGGCCGCGCUGCAGACGGACGACGACCACAAGACCAUCGGAGUCGACUGCGAACACCUCGCAGCACAAAUCGAGGAACAGAUUUUCCAGGAGUUCAAGUCCACCGACAUGAAGUAUAAAACCCGUCUACGAAGCCGCAUCUCGAAUCUGAAGGACCAGAAGAAUCCGGACCUGCGGCGCAAUGUCCUCUGUGGAAACAUCUCCCCUCAACGCAUCGCCUCCAUGAGUGCGGAGGACAUGGCGAGUGCAGAGCUAAAGCAGAUCCGAGAGGCUUUGACCAAAGAGUCCAUCAGAGAGCAUCAGCUCUCAAAGGUCGGAGGAACCGAGACGGACAUGUUCAUAUGCAACAAGUGUCACGGAAAGAGCUGCGCGUACACGCAGGUGCAGAUUCGCAGUGCUGAUGAGCCCAUGACAACCUUUGUGUUGUGCAAUAGUUGCGGAAACAGAUGGAAGUUCUGUUGAAGACGACCCGUGUGCAUUUAUAUAACCCCAUUGUGAAGCAAACUAACUCAAGUGGGUUGAAUUAGGAUUUAUAUUUAUUUUUCCAUUUUGUAUAGUUUUGUUUUAUAUUUAAAACUAAAGGUUGUAAUAUAUUUGGAGAGGAAAAAAAAAGAUAUGCCAGAUCAUGUUGUCUAUUGGUUUUCAUUAAUUUCUUUUUGUAUGGAACACUCAUAAGUUCAUUUCUUAUGCUAGAUGAAGCUUUAAUGCAGAUUUGUAUCACACUUAGGCCUUGUGGAAACGGUGGACGUGCCUUUCUUUGCCAUGUUUGCUGCCACAUAUUUUGCCAUUGACAUUUCUAUUAAAGCUGCUUUUGAAUGAAA